UCUGGGCUGGCUGCUGUCGGAAUUUUCCCUGGCUCGUGCCUGCUCCGGGAUCCUGCUCGGUAAUGGGAAGGUGUUAUGCACUGAGCUCCGCUGGGGACUGCCAGGACUCUCCCUUCACACGGAUGAACCCUUUCCAGGCACCCGGUUCCAUGAAGCCAUUGUGCGUCUUGUUGGUCCUCACUGCGUGCUUGAGGGUUUCGAGCUCCCGGACAGCGGAGACCCUGUGUGGGGGAGACCUGGUGGAUACUCUGCAGUUCAUCUGUGCGGACAGAGGCUUUUACUUUGUCAGCAAGAUGGGCCGCCGGAGCCGGCAGAACCGAGGCAUUGUGGAGGAGUGCUGCUUCCGUAGCUGUGACCUCCUGAUCCUGGAGACCUACUGCGCCACCCCGCAAGAUGGCGCCCACACCCCGCCACCCACAGCACCGCACCGACCACUGCUGCACCGGAUCAUGGGGAAGCGGUCUCUCGACGUUGAACGGGAGGAUUCGCCGGGUCAGCCCGAGAACCGCUGGAGCCACACCAGUCUCGUCUCCGGAGCCCAGCACAACGUCCGCGAUGGCCAGAGAGGGGAGAAGGCGCGGCCGUCCCAGUCCUCGCCCCAGCGCUGGAUGCGGUCAGGCAGAGUGCUGCACCCUUUGCGCAGCGACCUGCUCUCCCCCCUCCGACAGACUAAGCCAUUCUGACCUGGACAGUGGGGGUUGGAGCAGAUGGAGGCUACCUUUGAGGAGGACUCUGCAGUGUGGCCAGUCCGCAAAGCUGUUCGCCCCGACAGAGUCAAUGUGAGGGACAGUUGGAAACAUCGAAUUCUCAGGGGACAUCUGUGGAGAACCCCUCCCUCUGCUCCACAAAGAAACCUUUUGAGUUCCCGGCGUUCAAGGAGUUGGCUGUUUUAACUGAUGGUGUUGGGUGGAGGGGGUGACUGAAGGCCCCUCUGCCUUCUGUCCUCGCCUUCAUUUGGUCUGACUGCUUGGGAGGCAUUGAUAUACGCAGGAAUUGUGAGCAGGUCGGGUGAUAUACGCAGGAAUUGUGAGCAGGUCGGGUGAUGUAUGCAGGAAUUGUGAGCAGGUCGGGUGAUAUACGCAGGAAUUGUGAGCAGGUCGGGUGGGGCUGGGCAGAAGCAGAGAUAAAAUCCUAAACCCCCCCUUCCUGUGACCAAUUACACAUCGGUUCAUUGUUUAUUUAUUUAUUGAGAUUUAUUGAGAUGUGGAACAGGCCCAGCAACCCCCCCUCCCCCCCCCGCCGAUUUAACCCCAGCCUAAUCACAGGACAAUCCACAGUGACCAAAUCACCUACUAGCCAGUACGUCUUUAGACUGUGGGAGGAAACCAGGGUGCUCGGGGAAAACCCACGCACUCCACGGGGAGGGCGUACGGACUCCUUACAGAUGAUAUCGCAAUUGAACUGAGCUGUAAUAGCGCCGCGCUACCACGGCACCCUUCUGGCGGCACGGUCUCGCCCGUGUCCUCUGGUCCCAGCCCCGGCAAACCCGACCCUCUCACUCGCCACGUGUGUGCAAUACGAGACCAGCCUACAAGCCUAGCAGAUCCUAGACUCGUUCCCUCCAAAUGAACAGUAGAUCCUGAAGUUCAAGGGCGUGUGCCUGGCUGUUGGUCGCAUUUCUGUAACCAACCUAUGGAGGGCACAUUUCCAGUGUAGCUUUUGUUUUUAUAAAAUGAUCUUAACCUGAGAUUUUUCUUAAGCAUUUCUGCUCACCUCUUCCGAGGCAAAACUGCCACCAAGUUUAGAUGCACAGUCACCAACUUGACAUAUAUAGCACAUCUUGUGUAUCGCAGACUUAUUUAUAACAUUACUUCAAAGUUCAAAGUAGAUUUAUUAUCAAAGUACAAUAUACGUCACCAUAUACAACCGUGAGAUUCAUUUUCUUGCGGGCAUACCCAGUAUAUCCAAUAACCAUGAUAGAAUCAAUGAAAAAUGCAGCCAAUAGGGCAUCAACUAAAAAAUAACAAACUGUGCAAAUACAAAAAUAUUAGUAGUAAUAAUAAUAAUAAUAAAUAAUAAAUAUCAAGAUAUGAGAUGAAGAGUCCUUUAAAGUGAGCCCAUAGGUUGUGGGAACAGUUCAGUGAUGGGAUGAGUGAAGUUAUCCCCUCUGGUUUGAGAGCCUGGUGGUUGAGGUUCCUGAACCUGAUGGUACUUAUAGAUAAUAUACUGUAUCUUGUGUAUAAUGUAUUAUUUAUGACAUGUGUAUAAUAUGCCUUCUGCACCAUGUCUUGCAUACAAUAUGCUCUCUGUAUAUAAAACUCUCUGCACGUAACAGAUUCUGUGUAUAAUGUGCCCAGUAAGCGAUACUGUGUACAGUACAAA